AUGAAGUCAGACCUCUGGUAUUUCUUUCUCUUCUGCUUCCAAAUUGAAGUUGUGACUGGACAAAUCAAUGAAUCUGCCAAUUAUGAGAUGUUUACUUUUCACAACGGAGGUGUACAAGUUUUAUGCAAAUAUCCCGAGACUGUCCAACAAUUUCAAAUGCAGUUACUAAAAGGGAGCCAAAUACUCUGUAAUCUCACUAAGACAAAGGGAAGUGGAAAAACCGUGUCUACUGAAAAUCUGAGUUUUUGUCAACCUCAAGUGUCCAACAAUGGCGUCUCUUUCUUUCUACAUAACUUGGACCGUUCUCAUGCCAGCUAUUACUUCUGCAAACUGUCGAUCUUUGAUCCUCCUCCUUUUAAAAGCAUUCUUAAAAGAGAAUAUUUGCAUAUUUAUGAACCACAACUCCCACAAGUUUGUUGCCUACUGAAGUUCUGGUUGUCAAUAGGAUGUGCAGCUCUUGUUAUAGUCUGUGUUUUUGGAUGCUUAUUUACUUUUUGGCUUACAAAAAAGAAGUAUCAAUCCAGCGUUCAUGACCCUAACAGUGAAUACAUGUUCAUGGCUGCAGUGAGCACAGCCAAAAAACCCAUACUUACAGGUACAGGUCCGUUCAGGGGUUUGGGUAGGGAAGAGCAUUCUUUUGAUUAA